AUGGAAUGCAUGUUCCUCUCGUUCAAGAUGGAUAACUUUGAGUACAUUUUUUCUUAUCCGUCUGACGUGGCUGCCUCUCAAUAUGGGUCUGACGCGGCUGGAUAUGCUUGGACGUUUGGAGACGUUGUGGGGGUGUCCUCGAGGGACAUCAUGGACCACUUACUAGGAGCGCCCUUGCCGCCCCCGAAGAGACAGUGCGCCAUCGAAUCGGAUCUGGACGCAGCUUCAUGGUUGGCCUCGGUGUCUGCGCCCCACGAAAAGGAGGCGAUUUCACCCUCGCCUGCUCCAGCGCCUCCUUCAGUAAGCCAAGAAUUCAAGAGCGCUCUCGGCCCCGUCACUGUCACCUUCCUGUCGCCGCAGGUAACAUCCUCUCCAACCCCUCCUGCGUCCUCCGGCCGCAGAAGGAAGAACGCCCACUGUCAUCUCUGCGACAAGCGCUUCGAGAGUCGCUACAAGUUAAAGAUGCACGUCAAUACCCACACGGGUGCUCGGCCCUUCACGUGCGACGUGUGCGGCAAAGGCUUCAUGCGACGGACCACCCUCAACGCACAUCGAACCAUCCACGACGCCUCCCAGUUCUCGUGUCCCACCUGCAACCGCCCCUUCAAGCGCUCGUCCGAAAGGCUUAUUCACAUCCUGCUGAAGGUGUGUCUACGGAAGCAAAGAAUCCUUCGUCGGACAACCAGCGGCUGGUUUUGUGAUGUGUGCAACGAAGGCGUUCCCCAGCCGGAGGACCAUCGGUGUCCUGUCAAAGGUCGUCGACGUCAGUGCCCUGUCUGCGGGAUGGACUUCGGCGGGCAGCGCGACCACAAGAUGUUGACUCAUGUCCGCCAGGAUCACCCAGAGUUCCUGGCUUCGUUGUAA